AUGAGCGGUCAAGAAAGCACAUCUAAUAAUAAUUCAGACUCAUUCAUUAUGUCGUCCCCCAACUUAGGCUCUCAGGAAUCUUCAAUAUCACCUAACGAUGCGAAGAAAGGCACCAAUAGCCAAAUUCCUUCAUCUUCAAGUUCUUCGAAAUGCACAUUUCUUUCAAAGCAAGUACAAGAACUAUUAGAGGGAGCUAAUAAAUACGAUCCAAAAUAUGGGUUAUCUUUGCCUCGAGGAUUUUUAAGAGAUAGAAACCCAAAAGUUAAGGACAAUGGGUUGGUUCCGCUAGUGGAAAAAGUCAUACCCCCCAUUCAUAAGAAAACCAAUCAUAGAAACACAAGAAAGAAAUCAUCUACUACCAUGAAGAAGGAUGUAAAGAAAACAAAAACAGCAAAAGGAAAAGGAAAAAGUAAUAGGUCAAAGACGUACCAUAAACAUACGCUAAUUUCAAAGCAAGAAAUAAAUGCUGCGCCAGAAAGGAAAUCUUGUAAUAAAGCCAGGGCGAAAAAAAAGAAUGAAGGGGAAGACACUCCAUCAACAUUUGUUGAUUGGAAUGGUCCAUAUCUACAAUUACAAUAUCCAUUAUUUGAUAUAGAGUACUUGAGAUCACACGAGACUUAUUCUGGAACGCCAAUACCAUCCAUUAGUUUAAGAACAAAUUCUCCACAGCCAAUGUGCUUACCUUCAGAAAAUGAUGUUUCUUCAGUAACGACUGCGAAGUUGCAGAGUUUUUUAUUUUCAAAUUAUAUGGAAGAGUACAAAAUUGACUUUGAAAGAACAACCGCUAUCUAUAAUCCAAUGAGUGAAAUUGGUAAGUUAAUUGAAUAUAGCUGUCUGGUCUUCUUACCCUUACCUUAUUCUGAACAAUUGAAGGAAACUAUACUACCAGACCUAAAUGCAUCAUUUGAUAAUUCUGAUACGAAAGGCUUCGUGAGUGCAAUAAAUUCAUACAACGAAAUGAUUCGCCAAAUUCCUAGGUCAAGGAUAAUUAACCAUUUAGAGACAAUUGAUAAAAUUCCUCGUUCAUUUAUUCAUGAUUUCUUGCAUAUCGUGUAUACCAGAAGUAUCCAUCCACAGGCAAAUAAAUUGAAACAUUACAAAGCAUUUAGCAAUUACGUUUAUGGAGAGCUUUUGCCCAAUUUUUUGUCUGAUGUAUACCAGCAAUGCAAGCUGAAGAAGGGUGGUACUUUCAUGGAUCUUGGUUCAGGAGUGGGGAAUUGCGUAGUACAAGCUGCUUUGGAGUGCGGAUGCGCAUUAAGCUUUGGAUGUGAGAUCAUGGAGGAUGCUAGCGAUUUAACUGUACUACAAUACCAGGAACUAACGAAGAGAUGUAAGUUAUUUGGGAUGCGUUUGAACAACGUGGAGUUUUCAUUGAAGAAAAGUUUUGUGGAUAAUAAACGGGUUAUUGAACUAAUUCCUCAGUGCGAUGUUAUCCUCGUGAAUAAUUUUUUAUUUGAUGAAAAUUUGAAUAAAGAAGUCGAGAAGAUACUACAAACGGCAAAAGUUGGAUGUCAGAUCAUAAGUUUAAAAAGUUUAAGAAGCCUCACUUAUCAGAUUGACUUCUAUAAUGUUGAGAACAUCUUCAAUAGAUUAAAGGUGCAAAGGUAUGAUCUUAAAGAGGAUAGUGUUUCAUGGACACAUAGUGGCGGAGAGUAUUAUAUAUCUACGGUGAUGGGAGAUGUUGACGAAAGUUUGUUCAGCCCCACUGCAAGAGGUAGAAGGAACAGAGGUAUACCGGUGAAGUAUACUAGGUGA